AGGGAGAGAGAAGUGGUCUUCCCUCCCACCUCCUGUCACUGCGGCUGGAGGCUGAGAACCAUGGAUCCCAAUGAAAUGCCUGCUGUGCCCUGCUGCCCCUCCGACUCCCCCACUGGCCUUGAGACCAGAGCCCCAUGGGGGAUCGAACUUGGCCCCAAAAGAACUGUAAGUUGCUGUGCCCGCUGCUACAACCAUGGCCUCAAUGACCAAACCAAGGACCAGGAGCACUCCUGCCCCUUCCAGGCUUGUGAAUGUCACAAGUGUGCCUUCUUCUCGGAUCCCUGCAGAGUCUUGCGUGCUGAGAGUGCCUUGAAGAGGGAGCAGGGGGCAUGCCUAAAGAGGCACCUGACUCAAGGACUGAUAACGAGUGGGGCCUCCCCUCCCAAAGCUCACAGCCAUGUCCAGAAGUUGACCAUUCAAGGAGGAGUCGUCAGCGAGCACCCAAGGAGGUCUGCUGAUUGGUCAGGCCCCAAAAUCUUUGUCUCUAUCUUGGACUCCAGCAGCCUUGAAGAUGCAACUCACAACUUCUCUUUCCAGGAAGACCCACAGGACCCCUGCCCUGUCCAGCAUGGUCCUGAGGCUUCUGACCAGGACUCAGUUUCUGCCUCCUCAGAGUGGCAGCGGAAGCUGGAAGCCGCUGAGGCUCUGCUGAUGCUGAGAAACUCUUCUCAGGCAUCUUCUGGCUCCAUCUCCCUGCUCCAGCCCUGCGUGGCAGCAGCUCCUGCUGGAGAUGAAGGACCCCAGCCUUCUAGCUCCUCUCUCGGACCCAGGCCAGCCAGCUCCAUUUCUCUGCCUAUUGGACAUCUGGGGUGCAUCUCCCUCUUGAGCUAGAAACCCAGAAGAGGAGGCCUCACCAGAGUACUUCCUAUUCAUGCAUUUGCAAAAUGUUUAAAGUCCAAAAUGCUUAACAUGUUUGUUUUUUUAACUUCUAGGUUCUUUCAUAAGCUUUUCAGACUCUUUUUAUGAUAUGGGACAAUUCCUUGGCUGAGAGUGGAUAUUCUUGUACCACCAUCCCUUAAUGCCUAGAUUCUGGGGCCUUUUUAUGUCUCUUAUGAAAACAGCGUCAUGGGGUCUAAGCUGAUCAGUCUCUAAAUAGGGUUCUGUGGGAGGUCAUAUGUUCAUAUGCCAGAGUUUUCAUUUGACUCGUGAUUGCAAACAUACCCAUGCACUCAUGCAUGUAUGCAUGCUUGUCAAAAUAUAAGGGUGUUUUCAUUUUGUGUCUAGGUUUG